GAGCUUGCUCUCUGCUUGCAGGGAUCGGGCUGGGGGCCCCAGUUGUGAACUCUUUCCCCGUAUGGCGAUGGCGGGCAUGGAAAAGUUUUCCUUCGCCUCUCUAUCCCACAAGGAGCUCCAAACGAAGCCGAGAGCUGGAAGAUCCCAGCUAGGGAAAAGGCAGGACUAUGGAACUGCCUGCUACUAGAUGUAGCCAUGGUCACCGACUUGGAUGGCUUCAAGAGUGGAGGUUUUAGUCCUCAGAGUUACUAGCCACUAUGGCUAGUUUCCACCUCUGCUGUUGGAGAGCCAGUGGGUGUGAGCUUCUGAAGGAUAGUCACUGGGAGCCACGGGUGGGGAGCAUGGUGUGGGGGCUUCUGCUGCACUCCAGGCAUCCUUUGGGGCUUCCCAUGGAUGCAUUUACGGGGCCAGUGUGGGAAGCUGGAUGCUGGUACAGAUAAGCCCCUUUAGCCUGACCCAGCAGCUGAGCUCUUCUUGGAGAAUGAGAAGUGCUGGGUCAAUGAGUUCUUCAUCCUUGCACGCCACAGUUGAGGCUGUCAAGACUGACCUUCGGCCUCUUGGGGAGCAGUCAUGGCUGGCAGGUGGCAUCAGCCCAACUCACUUUCCCAGCAAGUGCCAAUGCAGUCCAAAGUGCGUUUUCUCAGAAGCAAGUUCCAGCCAGCAUCUUUUCCUUGGACCUCUGCUUCUCAUGCCCAGCCCUGACCCACUCUGCUCUCAAGGAUCUGUGCCCUUGCAAAGAGAAUAUUUUAAGUUAAAGGUGGGGCUCCUUUAGCUCAAGAUGGCCUUUUCCUUAUUAAAAAAUUUCUGAAGUCUGCGAGAAGUCCAUUGUUAGGAAUUAUUAGGGAAGAGCCAGCAAAGCUGUGGUGGUCCCAAGACCCGUUUUCUUCUUCUGUGGGAGUGGCAAGGGCAGUUCUGCUUUCCACCCUGCUGUGGCUGCCAGCUUUGCAAGUUGGCAUGCCCAUGCCUCCCUCUCUGGCCCUGGCAUCCAUCAGCCUCCUUGGCAGGAUGGACAGGGCUGGCGUCCUUGUCCAGCCACGUGCUUCUUUUGCGACGCUUUGUGGCUGCCAUCCUCAGCACUUCCUUCUUUCCUUAGGCUGCCCAGAUUGGUGAAGAGCUGGCGGCGUUUGAGGAAGCUGCCUGUGCCCUGCGAGGCUCCCUGGUGGAAGCAGCUGCCAGGCCAAGCGCCACCUCUGCCUCCUUGAUUUAGCCAGCAGCCUGAAACAUGCAGCAGUAGCGGGAUGGUUGGCCACCCAGUCUGGAAUGUCGUCCUGGACGACCACCGUUGAGGGCGACGGCACGACUCCCAAGUUCUUUGUGGGCUCCCGAGAUGACGAGGUGGACCUCCCAGGAUCAGACAUGAAGAUGGAUGAGAUUGACUUCUUUGAGGAUGACGAGGAGGAGGAAGAAUCACCUCCGGAGCGGCAGAUUGUGGUGGGCAUUUGUGCCAUGACCAAAAAGUCCAAGUCGAAGCCCAUGACACAGAUCUUGGAGCGGCUGUGCAAGUUUGAAUACAUCACGGUGGUGAUCAUGGGGGAGGACGUCAUUCUGAAUGAGCCUGUAGAGAACUGGCCGCCCUGUGACUGCCUCAUCUCCUUCCACUCCAAAGGCUUCCCACUGGACAAGGCAGUUGCUUACGCCAAGCUCCGCAGCCCUUUUUUGAUCAACGACCUCAAUAUGCAGUAUUACAUCCAGGACAGGCGGGAAGUGUACCGGAUCUUGCAGCAGGAGGGAAUUGACCUGCCUCGCUACGCAGUGCUCAACCGGGACCCUGACAAGCCGGAUGAGUGCAACCUCGUGGAGGGGGAGGACCACGUGGAGGUCAAUGGAGCCAUUUUCCCCAAGCCCUUUGUGGAGAAGCCGGUCAGUGCUGAGGACCACAAUGUCUACAUCUACUAUCCCACCUCAGCUGGUGGGGGCAGCCAGCGCCUUUUCCGCAAGAUUGGGAGCCGCAGCAGCGUCUACUCCCCUGAGAGCAACGUGCGGAAAACUGGCUCGUACAUUUACGAGGAGUUCAUGCCCACAGACGGCACAGAUGUCAAGGUGUACACGGUCGGCCCAGAUUACGCCCACGCAGAGGCCCGAAAGUCCCCGGCUCUCGAUGGGAAGGUGGAACGGGAUAGCGAAGGGAAAGAGAUCCGUUACCCUGUGAUGCUGACGGCUAUAGAGAAGCUGGUGGCCCGGAAAGUCUGUGUGGCUUUCAAGCAGACAGUGUGCGGCUUCGACCUCCUGCGGGCCAACGGCCACUCCUUUGUCUGCGACGUCAACGGCUUCAGUUUUGUGAAGAAUUCAAUGAAAUAUUACGAUGACUGCGCCAAGAUCCUGGGGAACAUUAUCAUGCGUGAACUGGCUCCCCAGUUCCAGAUCCCCUGGUCCAUCCCCACAGAGGCAGAGGACAUCCCCAUCGUGCCCACCACCUCGGGGACAAUGAUGGAGCUGCGCUGUGUGAUUGCGGUUAUAAGGCAUGGUGACCGGACUCCCAAGCAGAAGAUGAAGAUGGAAGUGAAGCACCCCAGGUUCUUUGCGUUGUUUGAGAAGUACGAGGGCUACAAGGCUGGGAAGCUGAAGCUGAAGAAGCCAGAGCAGCUUCAGGAAGUGCUGGACAUCGCCCGCCUGCUGGUGCUGGAGGAGGGAGCUCAUGAGGACUCUGAGGCCGAGGAGCAGAAAUCCAAGCUGGAGCAGCUCAAAACUGUGCUGGAGAUGUACGGGCACUUCUCUGGCAUCAACCGCAAAGUGCAGCUGACCUACCUGCCCCACGGGCGCUCCAAAGCAUCCAGCGAAGAGGAAGAGGCCCGCAAGGAAGCCUCCCCGUCUCUGCUGCUGGUGCUGAAGUGGGGAGGCGAGCUGACUCCCGCCGGGAGAGUGCAAGCUGAGGAGCUGGGGAGAGCCUUCCGCUGCAUGUACCCGGGGGGCCAAGGGGACUACGCUGGCUUCCCAGGAUGCGGCCUCCUUCGCCUGCACAGCACUUACCGCCACGACCUCAAGAUUUAUGCCUCCGAUGAGGGCAGAGUCCAGAUGACUGCAGCUGCCUUUGCAAAGGGCCUCCUUGCACUGGAGGGGGAGCUGACACCCAUCUUGGUCCAGAUGGUGAAGAGUGCCAACAUGAAUGGCCUGCUGGACAGCGACAGUGACUCCCUCAGCAGCUGUCAGCACCGGGUGAAAGCUCGCCUCAGGGAGAUCAUGCAGAAGGACGCCAACUUUGGGGAGGAGGACUUUGAGAAGCUGGCGCCCACGGGCAGCAUCUCACUCGUCAAGUCCAUGAGCAUCAUCCAGAACCCUGUGGAGAUCUGUGACCGGGUCUUUGCCCUGAUUGAGAGCCUCACGUCCCAGAUACAAAAGUGCCUGGAGGACCCCAAGUCUGCGGACCUGCAGCUGUACCAUAGUGAGACACUCGAGCUGAUGCUUCAGCGCUGGAGGAAACUGGAGCAGGAUUUCCGCCUGAAGAACCGGCGCUAUGACAUCAGCAAGAUCCCCGACAUCUAUGACUGCGUCAAGUACGACGUGCAGCACAAUGCAGCUCUGAAGCUGGAGGGCACCUCCGAGCUGUUCCGGCUCUCCAAGUCCCUGGCGGAUGUUGUCAUCCCCCAGGAAUAUGGCAUUAAGAAACAAGAGAAGUUGGAGAUAGCUGUGGGCUUCUGCCUGCCUCUCAUCCGGAAGAUCCAGCUGGACCUGCAGAGGACCCACGAGGAUGAGUCUGUCAACAAGCUGCACCCCCUGUACUCGAGAGGAGUCCUGUCUCCGGGGCGCCAUGUCCGGACACGCUUGUACUUCACCAGCGAGAGCCACGUCCACUCCCUGCUCAGCAUCUUCCGCUAUGGGGGCCUCCUGGAUGAAUCGAAAGACCCUCAAUGGCAGAGGGCCAUGGACUACCUUAGCGCCAUCUCGGAGCUGAACUACAUGACGCAGAUUGUCAUCAUGCUCUAUGAGGACAACAACAAGGACCCUUCCUCUGAGGAGAGGUUCCACGUGGAGCUGCACUUCAGCCCAGGGGUGAAGGGCUGUGAGGAGGACGGCAGCGCCCCAGCAGGCUCUGGUUUCCGCCCGGCUUCUGCAGAGAAGGAAGCCAAGAAGCCGGAGGAGGGGAGCCUGGAGGAGCUGGCCAAGCCCAAGGCCAUUGUGGAGAUGGACCAAGCCCAGCACCUCUCCUCUCCGCCCCUGGAACCCAUCUACGUCCAGCGGAGAUCCCCUCUCAUCCGCAACCGGAAGACCGGCUCCAUGGAGGUGCUGUCUGAAUCUUCCUCCAAGGCGGGUGGCUAUCGCCUCUUCUCCUACUCACGGCAUUCCUCAGAAGUGAAGCAGAGCGGGUUAGGGUCGCAGUGCACGGGUCUCUUCAGCACCACGGUCCUGGGGGGCUCCUCCAGUGCCCCCAACCUCCAGGAUUAUGCCCGCAGCCACGGGAAGAAGUUCGCCUCCAGCUUUCUAUACAAAGAUGAGCUCUUGUCUAUGCCAGCUGUAAAGCGGUUUUCUGUGUCAUUUGCAAAGCAUCCAACUAACGGCUUUGAAGGCUGCUCCAUGGUGCCCAGCAUCUACCCCUUGGAGACCCUGCACAACUCGCUCUCCCUGCGCCAGGUCAACAGCUUCCUGACGGCCGUCUCCAGGACCUGCAGCACCAGCACUCCCCACCCAGGAGCUGCCCCAGUGCUCUUGGACUCCCUGAUGGAGAGCCAGGGGCCAGGCGAGGACUUGACGCCGCAGCAGAUUCUCUCCUCUUCUCUGCCUCUGCGCCCCCGCUCAGACAAGCCCCCCUGGUACAGCAGUGGCCCCUCCAGCACCGUCUCCAGCGCAGGCCCUUCAUCGCCCACCUCCUCUGUGGAGAGCUGCCCCCGCUUCAGCUUCGUCUCUCAGACCAGCAAGGAGCGGCUGGCAGGGCCCAUGGAGGGGAGCCAGCCGGGCAACAACGGAGCCUUCAGGGAGAAGGGAGAUGAACAGAGCCUUGCCAGGGAAGCCUCAGCACAGGAGGAGAAGGAGGAGACAGAGUCUGGCGGGCAGGCAGCCACAACCAUACUGCAGAAGGGACUGGAGGGAGGGGAGGAGGCUGCCUCACCCCAGGAGGAAGAGGAGGUGGCGGCUGUGGUGGCGGGGGAAGAGAGUGAGCAGCUGCCCGCAGCACUGGAGCUGCUGGAAGUCAGGAGCAGCAGAGGUGCAAGGGAAGGGCAGGCAAGCGAAGGACGGAGAGAGGUGGACCUGCCAGAGGAGGAGGAGGAAGAGGAGGCAGCAGCAGCGGAAACUGGUUCAGGAGAGGCCACCUGGGAGGAGGCCCUGCUCAGUCCCUUUCUCCCAGUUGGGGAAAGCACUUAAGCAGGAGAGACCUGCUGCCAACUGAGGCUGCCCUAGUGGGAACCUUUCUUGCCCCUCCAGGAGGCUGCCUGCCUGAGCCAGGGACCCCAUCUUGCUCGGAGUCCACCUGGCGGGGAUGGGCUCUGUACCAGCAGAGGUUGGGGCUGUUCCCCACUUCUGGGACAUGAGCCUCACUGGCCCAGCCAGGAUGGCCUUCUUUCUCCAAAGUGUCUGGCUGCAGCUGCGCAGAGUGGGGGGAACUUAAAGAGACACCCCCCCAAGUGGUGUCCCCCUGGCUGUCUGAGUGCGAGAACUGAAGAGGUCUUCCUUGCUGGCGGCAGCGGUGGGGGUGGGAGGCUCUCAGUGGGGGGGGGGAGGUCCUCCAAUCCUGCUGGCCAUUGCCAGGGUACAAAGCUGCUUUGGAAAAAUCAGGUUUUCUUAGAAACACAUGGAUGAGAUGCCAAAUGGUGUACAGUACAGAGUAAAUAUUUAAUAUAUUAUUCGUGCUGGCAGGUGGAGGGGGCUGCUGGAGGUCCCCACUCCCCCACCCCCGCUCCAUGGCCAGGCAUGUGUCGUCCGUGGUUCAGAUGUGUCUGUGUUUCUCUUGCGAGGGAUUGUACAGCCGUCCCCUGGAGUCCUCCUUGUGCUGCAUUUUGUGCGUGGAGUAAAACGCCGACACUCCCAAG